AUGAACCAGGGGAUCUUGGCGCUGGUCACGUCCACCGGCUGCGCGGCGGCUCUGGCGAUGCAGUCGCUGACGGACGCCAUGCACAUCCCGCACCUGUUCAUCCAGAGGAGCAGUGACGGCGCGCCCCGCACAGCCUGCCCCUUCAGCCCCAGCCCAGAAGGAGAGAGCUACACCCUGGCGGCUCGUCCUCCUGUGCGGAUCAACGAGGUGCUGCUCACGCUGGUGGCAGAGCUCUACUGGCAGAAGUUCAUCAUCUUCUAUGAGACGGACUACGUUGAUAAUAACAGCAAGAGGUACUGGAGACAACGAUUUUUUCGAGUUUGCGUGUUCUUGAUCUCCGAUAUCCGCGGGCUGCAGAACUUCAUGGACUCUGCGUCGCGUCAGGGCCUGGACGUGUCUCUGCAGAGAGUGGACCGCAACGUCAGCCGAGUCUUCAACGAUCUUUUCAACAUGAUGAGGACGGAGGAACUGAACCGCUACAGAGACACGCUAAGGAGGGCCGUCCUGCUCAUGAGCCCCCGAGGAGCCCAGGUCUUCAUCCACCAGGAUCUGACAUGUGGCUGGCCAGCUUGGGGAAAUUAA